AUGGCGUCAAGAUCCAUGUUUAUAUCAUGUGUACUUCUCCUUCUGAUUUUGUGUCUCCUUGUGCUCAUGGAGGAAACUGCUUCUACUGAUUGCAAUACUGGUUAUGUGUGCUUUUACUCCAAGGCAUCUGUUUCCUUGAUGACUACUCACAACAGAAAGAUGCUUGCUGGUUUGGAGAAGAAGAAAAAGACUGUGAAGCUUGGCCUGCAAGUUUCAGCUGCAACCAGUAUGAAUGGUGGGAACUAUGUGGGUUCGGAGUUAAGGAAUACUCCCUCUGGUCCAGACCCAUUACACCAUAACGGGGGCAGUCCCAAAAUGCCUAGAAAUAGUCCUUGA